GCCCACCGCGCGCGAUCUUGGUGGUUCGGCAGAGUGGAAAGCCCUAUACCGCGGUCGGCCCGAACAGCAGUCGACGUAUAUUUGGUCUCGCAUGGCCUUUCUCUUCCGCCUCCUCGGCGAUCUCAUCGCGACGCGGGAUGAGCCCAAGGCGCCAUCGCUCGCCAAGCACCAAGCCAAGAAGAAGUCGCACCAGUAUCAACAGCCCGUGUCACGGCCUCAUAUCGAGUCGGCCUCGUACGCGACCGACUACUUUGACGCGAUCGUCGAGCUCAGCAACCAUGACGCGGCGUUCGACCGCAGCUCGUCGAUCAGCGACGUCAUGGACUACAACGACCCGUUGACACCGAGCCCGAUGCCAAGUGCGCUCUUCAGCAAGCAGUACUACAUCCCGAGCGACGACGACGACAACAACAACACUGCGACGGACGAUGACAUUGUCGUGAGCAACCACAAAUGGAACUCGCUCUCGAAACCCGAUGCGUUCUUGGACCAGAUCCUCAUUGCAAGCACGCAGGCCGUCAACUACAGCGUGAGCUCACAGACCAAGAGCGAGAUCGCGCGCGAGAUCCUCCAGCAGAUCGUCGCGCCAUCGAGUGGAGACGACGCGCCGCGGUCGCUUCCGCGGCUCCACUCGGUGAGCCCGCAAGUGAGCGUCGAGGCAUCCGCCGAGGGGCUCAAGAAGACGAAUGUGAAGUCCCGCCGACGCAGCUCCAAGUGGCUCUUCGAGUACCAAGAGACGUCGCAGAUGGACCUUAACAGCUUUCAGCACCAGCUUGACGAAAGGCUCUCGAGCUCCAUGGAGCAAGACGAAGCACCGCUGCUGUUCGAGCCGCCGCCUCGGUCGUCGCAAAAGUCGAUCUCGACACGCAACCACGCGCUCACGAUUGCAAAGGAGAUGAGCUCGCGCAACCACUCGUCCAAGCUCCAGCGACCGACGUCGGAUGACAAGCCGACGUUGAUGCCGGUGUCAACCCAGCGCCUUCUUUUCCAGCGCCAGACAAGCCCGCCCGUGGAACCGACGGCGUUGCCGAUGCGCUACACGCGCUCGGUGCCUCAGCAGACGGACGCCGCGCCGCCCGUGUCCCGCCUGCGCUCCAAGCGCGACGUCGUGAAGCCACCGACCGUGUCGAUGGGUGCGUUGCAGUCCGCGGCCGUAGAGACUAAGUACGGGCGCCAACCGAGCCACGUACCGUCGCAGCGCGACACGGCGCCCCAUCUCCGACGGCAGCUCGGCGAGAUGACCCCACGUCGGCAGUCGCCCCAGGAGACGGCUUCAAGACCAACUACACCGCUUCGCCAGUACUCGACGGCCGAAGCAAUGCCUAUGACACCUCGCCGUCAGCUUUCUCGCGAGCUGUCCCGCGAGCCGACGACACCCCGACGCCAAGCCUCCCUAGAGGCCCGGACACCGACAACACCGCGUCGGCUGCAGUACACCGAACGUACAAUGGCGACAACGCCUCGUCACCAGUCGCACUACGACUUGCCAGUGCGUCGACCAAGCUUUGGAGAGCCAACACCGAGCCGCCGUCCGAGUUUCGGGGAGCCAACACCGACACGCCAGCCCAGCUAUAAGGAGCCGUCACGGCGUCCGAGCUUUGGCGAGUCCGAUCGGCGCCCAAGCUUUGGGGAGCCGACACCCAGCCAGCGUCGGCCACAGCCCGUCUCGCAAGUAUCGCGCUUGAGCUACGACGGCUACGAGCACGUUCCGUCUCAGCCCCCAAGUCAAGUGCGCCGAACCAGUCUCGGGCACAGCUUCAUCGAGGUGGACGGAGCGCCCCGGCCUGUCGCGCGACGCAUGGACUCGUCCGAGCGGGAAGCUCGGUACGGCCGCAACGAGUACCUGAGUUUGCGCCCACAGAUCGCGUCCAAGCUGCCGCUGGAGCCGCAGUACGGCCGCCGCCCCAAGUCGCACAGCAGCGACGUGCGCAUUCAUCGGCCGACGUUCUUUGAAAGCAGUAGCGAAGACGAGCCGACCGACAUGCUCUCGCAGUUCCAAGCCAUUCGGAAUCGCACCGACCCAGCAAUUCAAGCCCGACUCGGCCUCAACGCGCGGCUCUCGGAGGCCGUGCAGCGCAUUCCGACCGAGCGGCUGCCAUCGACUCGACCCAAGACGCCCAAAAGUCGCAAGAAGGUACGGUUCAUCGAGUAAGGUCAAGAAAUAGCGUGUUGUAGCCUAUAAAAAGCUAGAUUUCUUAUUGCAUA